GGCGGGGCGGGGCGGGGCGGUCCCGUCCCGUCCCGUCCCGUCCCGCAGCAUCGGUGUCUGUCGCCGCCGCCGCCGGCGCCAUGCGUAGCCGGAGCAACUCGGGCGUGCGGCUGGAUGGGUAUGCGCGGCUGGUGCAGCAGACCAUCCUCCGGCACCAGGACGCGGUGACGGGCCUGCUCCCCGCCAGCGCCGACCACCGGGAUGCCUGGGUCCGGGACAACGUCUACAGCAUCCUGGCUGUCUGGGGGCUGGGCCUGGCCUACCGCAAAAACGCCGACCGCGACGAGGACAAGGCCAAGGCCUACGAGCUGGAGCAGAGCGUGGUGAAGCUGAUGCGGGGGCUGCUUCAGUGCAUGAUGAGACAGGUAGACAAAGUGGAGGCAUUCAAGUACAGCCAGAGCACCAGGGACUGCCUGCAUGCCAAGUACAACACCCACACCUGUGCCACCGUGGUGGGGGACCACGAGUGGGGUCACCUACAGAUGGAUGCCACCUCCCUCUACCUGCUCAUGCUGGCGCAAAUGACAGCCUCAGGCCUCCACAUAAUUCACAGCCUGGAUGAAGUCAACUUUAUUCAGAACCUAGUGUUCUACAUUGAAGCAGCCUACAAAACUGCGGACUUCGGGAUAUGGGAGCGUGGGGACAAGACGAACCAGGGCAUCACCGAGUUGAAUGCUAGCUCUAUCGGCAUGGCCAAGGCUGCCCUGGAGGCACUGGAUGAGCUGGAUCUCUUUGGAGCAAAGGGAGGCCCGCAGUCGGUGAUACGGGUGCUGUCUGAUGAGGUGCAGCACUGCCAGUCCAUCCUCCACUCGAUGCUGCCCAGGGCCUCCACAUCCAAGGAGGUGGACGCCAGCGUGCUCUCUGUCAUCUCCUACCCAGCGUUUGCUGUGGAGGACAGUGAACUGGUGGAAAUCACCAAGCAAGAGAUCAUCACAAAGCUGCAGGGGCGCUAUGGCUGCUGCCGCUUCCUCCGGGAUGGGUACAGGACCCCCAAAGAGGACCCCAACCGUCUCUACUAUGAACCUGCUGAGCUGAAGCUGUUUGAGAACAUCGAGUGUGAGUGGCCUCUCUUCUGGGCAUAUUUGAUCAUUGAUGGGAUUUUCAGUGGAAACAUGGAGCAGGUGCAGGAGUACCGGGAAGCCCUUGAGGGGGUUCUCAUCAAGGGGAAGAAUGGGGUGCGCCUGGUACCAGAGCUGUACAGUGUCCCACCGGAUAAGGUGGAUGAGGAAUACAGGAAGCCCCACACUGUGGACAGGAUACCCAUGGGCAAGCUGCCACUCAUGUGGGGGCAGUCCCUCUACAUCCUGGGCUGCCUGAUGGCCGAGGGGUUUCUAGCUCCCGGUGAAAUAGAUCCCCUCAACCGCCGAUUUGCAACUGUUCCCAAGCCUGAUGUGGUGGUCCAAGUAUGCAUCCUGGCAGAGACAGAGGCGAUCAAAGCUAUCCUGAGGAAGGAGAACAUCGACGUGGAGACUGUGGCAGAGGUCUACCCCAUCAGAGUGCAGCCUGCCCGCAUCCUCAGCCACAUCUAUGCCCGCCUGGGCCGCAACAAGCAGAUGUGCCUGACGGGUCGGCCCUACCGGCACAUGGGCGUCCUUGGGACCUCCAAGCUCUACAAAAUCAGGAAGAACAUCUUUACCUUUACCCCACAGUUCAUAGACCAGCAGCAGUUCUACCUGGCUCUUGACAACAAGAUGAUUGUGGAGAUGCUGAGGACGGACCUCUCGUACCUCUGCAGCCGCUGGAGGAUGACUGGGCGGCCAACCAUCACCUUCCCCAUCUCCCACACCAUGCUCGAUGAAACUGGCAGCAACGUGCACCCCACAGUGCUGGCAACGCUGCGGAAGCUGCAGGAUGGGUAUUUCGGUGGCGCAAGGAUCCAGACGGGUAAGUUGUCGGAGUUCCUGACAACAUCAUGCCGAACGCACCUCAGCUUUAUGGACCCUGGGCCAGAGGGUAAGGUCUUUACCAAGAGUUACGAGCUCAGCAUUGACAGCUUUGAGGAGCUAGACGCCGAGGAGUGGCUGCAUGGCUUGCAGAUAGCAGAGGAUGAGGACACAUACGACGAGGUUGCUCAGUACUUGGACCACCUGCUGCAGCGCACGGUUCCCCAGUCGAACCUCCCUCCCACCGCCCAGCGGGGAGGGCUGAGCCGCUUCCGGGCUGCAGUCCACACCACCCGCGACCUCGUGUCCCUGGCGUCCAAGGCCAAGGACUUACAUGUCCAGAAUGUUGGGUUGUAUGUCCCCAGCAAGAUCUUCCAGGCAUCCCAGCAGUCGGUUAAGCUGCUGAGUUCACCCCACCAGCACGACAUGGAUGGCAAGAGUCACACACUCUAUGCAGAGAUGAACCUGCCCCGUGAUGAGGAUGGCAAUGUGGACUGCAAGGCACUGGUGGACCAGUUGCGCAUCUGCCCCACACUGCAGGAGCAGGCAGACAUCCUCUACAUGCUCCACAUCCUCAAGGGGCCUGAGUGGCACACAGGGCUUGACAGCAAGCCUGGCCCCACGGUCAAGGAGCUCCUCACAGAGUUGUACGUGCGCGUGGGGGACACACGCCAGUGGGCACUGAUCCGCUACAUCUCUGGCAUCCUCAAGAAGAAGGUGGAAGCUUUGGAUGAGGCCUGCACUGACCUCCUGUCUCACCAGAAGCACUUGACGGUGGGGCUGCCCCCAGAGCCACGUGAGAAGACAAUCUCCGCCCCAAUCCCCUACGAGGACCUUGUUCGCCUCAUUGAUGAAGCCAGCGAGAAAAACCUCAGUGUGUCCAUCCUCACCCAGGAGAUCAUGGUGUACUUGGCCAUGUACAUGCGCACACAACCCGCACUCUUCGCUGAGAUGUUCCGCAUCCGCAUUGGGCUCAUCAUCCAGGUGAUGGCAACAGAGCUGGCACACUCCCUGCGCUGCUCAGCUGGAGAAGCCACCGAGAACCUGAUGAAUCUAAGCCCGUCAGACAUGAAGAGCCUCCUCUACCACAUUCUCUCCGGCAAGGAGUUUGGGGUGGAAAGGAGUGUGCGAUCAGUCGACUCAUCGCUCACCACCGCUGUCUCCAUCUGUGAGGUGGGGGCUGUCGGGGCCACCAAACCUGAGCGUGCUGGCAUCGUCAGGCUGAAAAGUGAGAUCAAACAGCAAUUGGAUAAGCGUAGGCAGUCUCUGACUGGGAGUAAGCCCCUCAGUUUGCAGUCCGGGGAUGCCGACCUAAAGUCCUCUCUGUCCACUGGGCACACAGAGCUGCUGGGCAAGGGCUCCUUUUCAAGCAUGCUGGAAGACCAGGGCAAUAAGGACAGCCGCCAGGGCCAGUGGCAGCGGAGACGGCGGCUGGAUGGGGCCCUCAACCGUGUCCCUGUGGGCUUCUACCAGAAGGUCUGGAAGGUCCUGCAGAAGUGCCAUGGCCUCUCCGUGGAGGGCUUUGUUCUCCCCUCUUCAACAACCAGAGAGAUGACCCCAGGGGAAAUUAAGUUUGCUGUGCAUGUGGAGUCGGUCCUCAACCGUGUGCCCCAGCCAGAGUACAGGCAGCUGCUGGUGGAGGCUAUCUUAGUGCUCACCAUGCUGGUGGAUAUGGAGGUGCACACCAUCGGUGGCAUCAUAGCUGUGGAAAAGAUCUUGCAGACAGCCAACGACCUCUUUUAUGAGGAGCAGAAAGCCCUGGGUGCUGAUGACCACAUGCUGGAGAGAGAUCCUGCAACAGGCAUCUGCAGCCUACUGUACGACAGUGCACCGAGUGGUCGAUUCGGCACCAUGACCUACCUGUCCAAGUCGGUGGCCAUGUAUGUCUACGACUUCCUGCCCACCGACGGCUGCUCCAUGCAGUAGCUCUCACAGCUCCUCUCCCCAGUUUGCAGAUGCUGCGGGAGGAUUGUUUCAUACAGCUUUUAAAGAUGGGCAUUAGGCUAGUUUGCAGGCAGCCUGCAUGGCCAUCUCUCCUCCCAGUCCUGGCCUCUUGGUGGGUGAGCAGCUCUCCCAAGAAGCUCCGCAGGAGGCACACGCGCUAAGCUGACCUGUGCCUGCGUGCAGCCUGUGGAGCAAGGGAUGGCAGGGAAAGGUUGAGCUUUGAAGCCUGCUUGUGUUAGUAGUGUCUGCCUGCACGGCUCCUCCUGAGCCAUCACCCCCAGAGGGGCCUGUGUUUGAGGGUCCCCCUCACCAGGCGUGUGUGCUUGGCACUGCAGCACUCCCUGGCCAGCUCGCACUCUCCCUGCCUCCAGCAGAUUUGAGGUUUUUAACCUGUUCUGUGCUGCUUUUUAUUCCAAAUCCACAGGGUUUAUACUAGUGUAGGCUGGAGCUCUUGCUCUUCCUGCUCCUAACGGAAAAGCUUUGUUAGAGGAACGGGGAAUGCCACCUGAGUCUCUCCCAGCACACCUAAAAUGAAACCAGUCCAGCCCGGCCACAGCUGUGCUGCUUGGAAGCAGGCAGCCCAUCAAGUCUCCCUCAGGGGUCCUGUGUGCACAGCUGGGGAGGCUGUGGGAGCCAGGAGCAUCCCAAGGUGGGAACAGAUACCUGUUACCUUUAAGCUGUGAGCACAGGGCUUCUGGCUGGCUGAGGGAUGCUGGUGGCAGCCCCUCUGUGCCAUCUGCUCCAUCUCUGGCAGUGUCGCUGAUGGUUAAGUCACAGGUUCCUGAGUUGAUACAGGCCCUGUGAAGCAGUUCCAACUGAUGUGGAUCAGGCACACCCAUCAGAAAGUGGUGGUGGGAAUGGAGUUACAGAAUAACAGAAUGGUUUGAGUUGGAGUGGACCUUUAAAGGCCAUCUAGUUGAACCCCUCCACAGUGAGCAGGGUCACCUUCCACUAGACCACUUUGCUCAGAGCACCAUCCAACGUGACCUUAAAUGUUUCCAGGGAUGGGGUAUCUACCACCUCUCUGACCAACCUGUGCCAGUCCUUCACCACCCUCAGUGUAAAAAAUUCUGUCCUUAUAUCUAGCCUAAAGGUACCCUUUUUUAGUUUAAAACCAUUAGCCUUGUCCUAUCACAACAGGCCCUGCUAAAAGGUUUGUCCCCAUCCUUCCUGUAGCCCCCUUUAAGUCAUGGAAGGCUGCAAUAAGGUCUCUCUGGAGCCUUCUCUUCUCCAGGCUGAACCCCCCCAGCUCUCUCAGCCUGUCCUCACAGUGGAGGCGCUCCAGCCCUCGCAGCAUCUCUGUGGACUCCUCUGGUCCCACUCCAGCAGGUCCAUGUCCUUCUGAUGUUGGUGCCCCAGAGCUGGAGGCAGCACUGCAGGGGGGCUCUCCCCAGAGCAGAGCAGAGGGGCAGAAUCCCCUCCCUCGCCCUGCUGCCCAUGCUGGGGAUGAGCCCAGGCUGCAGGGGGCUUUCUGGGCUGCCAGCGCACAUUGCCAGCUCAUGUCCAGUUUUUUACCCCUCAGUACCCCCAACCCCUUCAUCCCCUGGCUUGUGUUGAUACCGGGGCUUGCCCUGACCCCAGUGCAGGACCUUGCACUUGGCCUUGUUGAACCUCAUGAGGUUCACAUGGGCCCGCUUCUUGAGCCUGUCCAGGUCCCUCUGGGUGGCAUCCCGUUCCUCAGGCACAUCAAGUGCACCACUCGGUUUGGUAUCGUCUGCAAACUUGCUGAGAGUGCACUUGAUCAUACUGUCUAUGUCACUGAUAAAGAUAUUGAAGUGUACUUGUCCCACUAUGCACCCCUGAGGGACACCACUUGUCACCAAUCUCCAUGUGGACUUUGAGCUGUUGACCACUACCCUCUGGAUGCAACCAUCCAACCAAUUCCUCAUCCACCAAACAGUCCACCCAUCAAAUCUUUACCUCUCCAAUUUAGAGAGAAGGAUGUUGUGGGGGACCAUGUCAAAGGCCUUACAGAAGUCCAGGUAGACAACAUCUUCCCUUGUCCGCUGAUGUAGUCACUCCAUCAUAGAAGGCCACUAGGCUGGUCAGGCAGGGGUUGCCCUUGAUGAAGCCAUGCUCACUAUCUCGAACCACCUUUCUGUUCUCCAUGUGCCUUAGCAUAGCUUCCAGGAGGACCUGUUCCAUAGUCUUCCCAGGCACAGAGUUGAGGCUGACAGGUCAGUAGUUUCCAGGGUCCUCCUUUCUACCCUUUUUAAAAAUGUGUGUGAUGUUUCCCUUCUAGUCACUGAGGACUUCCCUUGACUGUCAUGGCUUUUCAGAUAUAAUGGAGAGUGGCUUGGCAACUACAUCAGCCAAUUCCUUCAGGACUUUGUGAUGCAUCUCAUCAGGUCCCAUAAAUUUCUAUAUGUUCAGGUUCCUCAGGUGGUCAUAAACCUGAUCUCUUACAGUGGGAGGGACUUUGCUCCCCCAGUCCCUGCCUUGUGGUCCAUACACUCAAGAGGUGUGGGGAGAGAGGUUGCCAGUGAAGACCGAGGCAAAAAAGUUUUUGAGUACAUCAGCCUUCUCUUCUGUUCUUUCCAGUUUGACAUGGUCGUGCUCAUUGCUGGGGUAUGCUUUGCUUGACCUUCCUUUUCUGGCUGACAUACCUGUAGAAGCCCUUGUUAUUCUUUGUGUCCCUUGCCAAGUUCAGCUCCAGCUGCGCCUUGGCCUUCUUGACUCCAUCCCUACACAACCAGGAAAUGUCCCUAUACUCUUCCCAGGAUACCUGUCCUUGCUUCCACUGCCUGUGCAUUUCCUUCUUGCCCUUUAGUUUGAGCAGCAGGCCUCAACUCAGCCAUGCCGCUCUCUUGCCCUCUUUUCGUGAUUUCUUACAUUUGGGGAUUGCGAGCUCUUGCGCUCUAUGGAAAGUAUCCUUAAAGAUCUGCCAGCUCUGUUCUGCUCCCAUGUCCCUGAGGGCAGUUUCCCAGAGGGUCCUAUUCACUGACUCCUUGAAGAGCUGGAAUUUUGCUUUCUUAAAAUUCAGGGUCCUGACUUUACUCUUCCCUUGACUCAUAUCUCUCAUGACUGCGAACUCUUAACAGUGCAUGAUCACUGCAGCCCAGGCUGCCUCCAAUCUUGAUGUCACCGAUUAGCUCACUUGCAUUGGUGACAAUCAGGUCCAGUAUCAUAUCUCCUCUGGUGGGGCUGUCUAUUACCUGGCUGAAGAAGUUAUCCUCGAUGCGCUCCAGGAGUCUCCUGGAUUGCCUGCAGCAACAGGCUCAGGGCCCUCACUGGCACCCCGUCCCUCUAAUCUUGGUGUGUCAUUCUACAGCUUGUCACGGGCAAGCCUAAUAUUAUCCCCCUCCCCUUUCAAGCCUAGUUUAAAGCUCUGUCAAUGAGCCCCGCUAGCUCGUGAACAAAGACCCCCUUCCCCCUUUCAGAAAGGUGAAGCCCAUCUGACAGCAGCAAGCCUGGUGCUGUAUAGGCCAUCCCAUUAUUGAAAAACGCAAAACUGUGGUGGUAAUAACCAGCCACGGAGCCACAUAUUAAUAGACUGGGUCUGUCUGUUUCUUCCAGUGUUGUUGCCCAUCAUCAACAACACUGGAAGAAACAGACAGACACAAUCUGUUCUGAGAGGAAAAAACAACCUGUGCUCCAGAUUCCCUUACCAGCCAUCCCAAAGCCCAAAAAUCUCUUUUGAUCCACUUGGACUAUCACUUGGCAUUGUGGCUUCCUUGGCAUUGUGGCCACCUACGUGUAAGAGUAGCAGUGGGUAAUAGUCCAAGGGCCAUACCAGGCUAGGAGGUUUCCUAGUGAUAUCCUUAACCUGGGCCCCAGGGAGGCAGCAGACUUCCCUGAGGAGGAUCUGGCCAGCAUAUCGGACCCUCGGUUCCCCUUAGAAUUCUGAGAGUCACCUACAACUAUAACCUGUCUUUUCUUCCUGGUGGAGGUGGCCGUGAUACGGGGCUCAGCCUUUCUGACCUUGGUAGCACCUCUGGUGAAGAUGGACUGUCAUCUACAUUAACAUUCAUUAGGUGGUAUUCCACAUCUAGCGCCUCGUACCUGUUGUACAGAGGCGCCUGGGAAGGCGAGGCAGGCAAAGGGGGGGGUUCACCUGCUGCCCCAAGCAUGGACUUGCCUCCCUUCCCUCUCAUUUAAGCUGUUGCCUUCAGCCUGGUGGGGGGAGGAUACCGGAUCCUUUUUAUCUUGGGUUUUUCCUGGUGGUUGUUCCCAUUUCUGGCUCGGGGAGGGCAGCACAUGGUUCUAGCAGUCUCUCUUUCUGAGACUCCCUGAUGCUCCUUAGCCUUUCUACUUCCUAUGGUUCCUUUGCCACCACACUGAGCAGAUCGUCCCCCUGGUGCCACCUCACACUGCUAUUCUCACUGCUGCCAUCUGUCAUCAGUGACGGGCUCUGGCACUCCCUGCAGCCCAAAACCUGGGUGGCUGCAUGUUUUCAUGGGAGCUGUGUCUGGGCUGCCGCAUCCAUCCUGGCGAGUGCAGGGGACACGACUUUCUGCUGGGUGGGUACCACAGCUCAGCUCCUGAGGAGGGUGAAGGCCGCACCUGGAGCUGGCAGUGUCACUGUCCCCUUCCCACAUGCCGUGCUGCGCCGCGCUCUGGUUGCCCGCUCUGGUCACUGUGCUCCUGCUCGCUUCCACUCCCCAGGCUGCUUUUAUGGGUGUGGGGGCUGCCGUGGCUCUGUGGGCCGAGACCUGCUGCUCCGCUGCGGAUCAGGCCGGCUCCGGAGCAGCUCCCCUCGGCGUGUUUUGUGAUCUCCUUAAAGCCAGGUUAAGUUCAUGGGUUGUCUCUCAGCGCUGCAUCCUGAGGUAGCCGAUGUUCUGUAAUUGUUGCCUGAUGAUUCUUCCAGGCCUGGUGAACUCUGCCCCAGGCAGAGGGGGCUGCAGCCCCCACCCCGCUGCUCCCUCCGUCCCGAGCAUACCGGCAGGAAGGCGGUUUGGGAGCCAGCGGGGUCCCGACGUGGUUUGGGCCUCAAACCGGGACAGCCCGUCUGGGGCGGGGCACGGGGCUGCUCCCUCUCGCGCGGGGCGGGGGGUGGGUGUAGGCCUCCGGCCUUUUU